GAAACUGUUGUGCUGAAAGGAAGAAUUAACUGGUCUUUCAACUUCAGCCUUUUUAUUGUGAGAGAGGAGAUCACAGAGUGUUACCAUGGGGAGAACAGCAGCUAAAGAACAGUUUAAUUGGGAUGAUUAUCUGAAAGAGACUGAAUCAGUAGCUGCCCCUCUGCAUUGUUUCAGACAGUCUCGCGUUCCACCUACGAACGAUUUCAAAGUUGGUAUGAAGCUGGAAGCCCGUGACCCUCGCAACGUCACCUCGGUCUGUAUAGCUACCGUGAUCGGAAUCACCGGUGCCAGGCUGAGGCUGCGACUGGAUGGAAGUGACAACAAAAAUGAUUUUUGGAGGCUUGUGGAUUCCUCCGACAUACAGCCCAUCGGGACCUGCGAAAAGAAGGGGGGCAUGCUCCAGCCUCCGCUGGGGUUCCAGAUGAAUGCGUCUUCUUGGCCAAUGUUUCUCUUAAGAACUCUCAAUGGAGCUGAAAUGGCACCCCCAGCAUUCUUUAAGAAGGAACCACCAAAACCUGUGCCAAACUGCUUCAAAGUUGGAAUGAAACUUGAAGCUAUAGACAGGAAGAACCCAUACUUGAUUUGUCCGGCAACCAUUGGAGAUGUUAAAGGGGAUGAAGUUUUUGUUACGUUUGAUGGCUGGAGAGGAGCAUUUGACUAUUGGUGCAGAUGUGAUUCUCGAGAUAUUUUCCCAGUUGGAUGGUGUAGCUUGACAGGAGAUGCAUUACAACCACCAGGAAACAAUGUUUCCAUUACAAAGAGCAGUGCAAAAAUCCAAUCUUCCCCUUCCAAAGUGACCCGGCGUUCAAUGCAGUCUCCACAGAAACCUGCUCCAGUACCACCGCAGCGGGGCAGGAAACCAGGUCGGGGCAAACCCCCUGUACAGUCUGCAGUUCCCAAGAAGGGCAGGUCUCCUAAAAAUAUUCCCCUGACAAAAAGCACCUCUCAUACUGAAAAUCUUAAAACAAGGAAAAAAAGUUUAAAACCUGGAAAAAAGAAAAAAAUCUUGCCGGAACAACUGACUCCUGAAUCUUCUCCUCAUUCCUCUCCUGAGGGGGACAGUGGCACCACACAGGUACCUAAAGAUGGAAUUAGUUUGUCUGGAGCAGCUGCAGCAGUUAUAUCCACAGUGUGUGUUUAUGUCAACAAGCAUGGAAAUUCUGGGCCUCACCUGGAUAAGAAGAAGGUUCAGCAGCUUCCAGAUCACUUUGGACCAGGUCCUGUCAAUGUGGUACUUCAGCAGGCUGUACAGGCUUGUGUGGAUUGUGCCUAUCAAUCUAAAACAGUCUUUGGAUUUCUGAAAUCUGGCCAUCAUGGAGGAGAAGUGAUAACUGCUUCCUUUGAUGGGGAAAAGCAUGCCAUCAAUCUUCCUUCUGUAAACAGCGCGUCGUUCGUCCUGCGCUUCUUGGAGAAACUCUGCCACAGCCUGCAGUGUGAUAAUCUCUUCAGUAGCCAACCUUUCAGCCCUUACAUGGGGUGUGCACAUAGUCCUAUGGAGUAUGACAGGAACAAACCAGCAAAAGAAGAAAUACCUGAAAACAGGAGCUCUAAACGGUACUCUCAGGACUCUCCACCGUAUACUGCUCCUCUUUCCCCUAAGCUUCCCAGAAAUGAUGCUCAUCCAUCUGAAGAAACAUUACCUAUAGAAGAAAACAGCACUUCCAAAGAUCACCGCUUUUCUGAGGACUCCAUGGAUUCCGCACUUAGUUGUGUAAAUCCUUCCAGCCCAGCCCGUCGGAACUCCACGGAACGUCGCGCCUCAGGGGGCGCAGCGUAUUAC